GACUGCAUUUGAGCUCUAUACCUGCCAUUGAAGCGCCCUGCCCUGCAUCGGUCGCUAUUGUCGUUCUCUGCCCGCUUCGCACGGUCCCUGCCCGAGGGUAGGUAGAUGCACCUUGGGAUAUGCCGCCGCGAGGCUCGCUCACAGGAUCUUUCUCCGUGUCGGACGAGAAUAAUGUCGUCGUCUGCCCGCUCAGGAACCAAGAUGGGAGUGCCUGUCGGAAGCGGUGCACUGGCGAAAAGCGCUAUCGGUCUAUGCAAGAGCACAUUCGGCGUGCGCAUCCUGAGUACUAUAUAAGCAAGCUUCCCGCGACCGAGGAAAGCUUCACGUUGAUGGUCAACACACCUCCCUCCGAACGACCUCCCCCACCUCCCCCUCCAAACACCUCCGCAGGCCCACAAGGCUACGGAGGCGACCUCAGUGCCUUCUACAAUGACGAGUAUGGUUCGAGCACGCCGAGGACUUCGGACGAGAUGCGCCGAGGGUCGCUUUUGCCCGCUGCGAGUGCAGCCGCUGCCCUCGCAUCGCUGCACCACCACCAGCCAAACUACGACUGGGAGUCAGAUCCAGAGGCGGCCUCAGAGCCCGACGCGAAAACCUACAGACCCCGUGCACGCUUUGCGCCUACUACCCAGGAGCAGCACUUGACAGCCGACGAGCCAUACUACACCUCUGCCUCUCUACAACGUGAGCUACUACCUUCAUCCCUUGCAAGGUCCCCUCCUGGCCGCUCGUCAACGCUUCCGCCCGUCCCCCGCUCCAUCAAGCCGAAUCGACCUCGAAAAUCAUCAGUGGGCCAGAAUGCUCGCAAACCAAAGCACGAGCGUACAAAGUCGAAGGAGCAUGCGCGGAGGAUGAGCCACGAUAGAAAGGCAUAUUCCGCUGAACCCCAGACCGCUGCGGCACUGUAUGGGAAGAGAUGGGAGGAUUUGAUUGACGCUGCAGCUUCAGCGACAGAAGAGGAUAGUCGAGAUCUCACUCCAGUCCCUGGCUCGCCCCACUAUUCACCGCAAAUAUUGAACAGGGCAUCACUUCCUCCCUUUGUGGCAGCACAGUUCCAAUCAUACACUCAGUCACCACUACAAAACACGUUGACACCUCCUCCACCUGACACAUCUGAUUUACAGCCGUUCCCUUCGGUCGAGUCGUCGAUUGAAUCAACACAGUCCGGUCAAAACUUCCACAUCUCAUCCCAGGGACUUUCUGAUUCAUCUCCUACCUACCCACAUCCCGUACAGAUUUACUGCGCCGCCUGUCGAAAACUAUCAGUCCUAAAAGAAAGCUAUGCAUGUUCCGAAUGCAUAUGCGGGUUAUGUCAAGACUGUGUCGACGUUCUCGUUAGCGAGCAGACUCGAGGUCGAAUAGCCCGCUGUCCGCGGUGUGGCGCCAUAGGCGGCAAGUUUAAACCAUUCCAGCUCGACAUCAGAUGAGUGCAAUACAUUUCGACAAGUAUUUCAUGUAAAAGCUUUCUUGACUUUUCGCUCCUUUGCCUAGCAUUCUCGUUCAUUCUUGGCGUUCUGGCUGUUU